CGACGAUCCGCGGGCUCGUGUUACAUCGGCGUUUUGAGGUUAUAUCAGCUGUGUGACAAGCGUGCAACAAACUUUUUUUUUCAAUCGAGUGUGGCUGCGACAUCCGCAACUCUGUUGGGACACGGCAAGCUUUGAUCGAAGAUGAAUCAUCGCAAUCAUCAAUAAUGAUACGCAGUUCGAGGAUGUGGUUGUGGCUCUACCCCAUGAUGCUUCUGCUAGGGGUCCUGCAGGAAGUAAGUCCUGGUCCUGCGUGCAGAAUCAGCGAGUUUCCCUGCAGGAAUGGCCGCUGCGUCAGGUUAAAUGGCUACUGCGAUGGACAGGACGAUUGCGGAGACAUGUCCGAUGAGCCGACGUACUGCACUGUGUGUAACCGGACGUAUUACGGCGACGUGGGGAAAACGUACGAUCUUCGCGUCGUUAAGUCCGCCGAGGUCCGACUGCCCUUUCUCUGUCAUCUCACCUUUACGGCCAAUGGCCAGAGUCACGGAGACAUAGUUCAGCUGAUUUUCGACGAAUUCAAACUUGGGCGCUACGAAGCUUCAGCUUUGGAUGGUUGUCCCGACGGUUACAUGCAGCUGAGCGAGUUGGGCAGGCCUUUUACCGGCGGUUCGUGGUGCGGUUCUUCGUCUGGGCCCGCAGCCUACUACAGCGAGACAUCGACAGUUACAGCUUCAGUGAAAUUGUUCGCUUCCCCGCAAAGGCCGUUCGCGUUCAGGCUGCGUUACAGAUUCGUAUCUAGACGCGAAGCUGUCGUGAGAUUCGGCUCUCCAGCGGCGCCUUUGGAACGAGGACAGGUCGCCCCAGGUACAUACUGCACCCGUCAGUUCGAAGAGUGCUACAGGAAGCCUUGCCGAUUACAAUCGCCGAAUUACCCUGGGAUGUACCCGAGGAACGUUUCGUGCUAUUGGAGCCUUCGUCAGAAGUUUGUGCCCACGUGUAAGCACGCCAUGAUAGCUGUAAGACAAGAAGCUGCCCACAAGAUGCAUAUGAAGAGGAGCAUCAAUGUGGCAGGUUUAAAUAAGACAGCUAGAGCUCUAAGAGCGUGGCGGGAUUGCACCGGGGAACGAGAUCAUUUGAUAUUCUACGAUGGAGGUUCUACAAACGAUCCGGUCCUCGCUAAGUACUGCGGUGGGGAUUGGUUACCAAGAGUGGUAUCUAGAGGACCCGAAAUGUUGGUUGCGUUUCACUCAUCGCCGUUCAGCAUUCCUCUGCACUCGCCGCCGUCUCAGUCACCUUUACGCGGUUUCGAGCUGGACGUGGACGUUAUUUUCGCUGACAGCGACUCUCUGGACUACUCCAGGGAAAGUUUGAGAUGCGAGUUCGACGUCAACGCCACAAGUCCCGAUAGCGACGAAAUAUGGACCGGACGAGGCCGGAAAGACAGGUUGAUAAGCCCGAGACACUCCCUACCGCCCAACACCACUUGCAGCUACAAAUUCAAAGGAUACCCCCAGGAUUUAAUAUGGGUGAGUUUCGUAUCCUACAGCCAGAGAGCGCUGCUGGUGGGUGAGAGUGCUCAAGCCCUGCUCAGCAACAGUUCGGUUGGAGGUGGUUGCGCGACAAAGUUAAAAAUCUUCGACGGAGUCAAACUCAUCGAUGAGAAAUGCGACGAACCUCCGAAACUCUGCGACCACAGCGCUCUAAUAAACUCCACACGAAUAACGCGACCCUGCACUCUAAGCGAAAGUUAUCUCUCCACUGGAAGAACGCUACUGAUCCAGCACCACACUGAAGACGGUACAGCCCUACAUCCGGCUUCGUUCAAGCUCAAAUAUGAAUUUGUGGAUACGCGACUGGGCGGUGAAGCAUGGGCGGAUAAAAAACAACCUGGGUGCUUCAGGGUGUUCAAAAAAAUGCACGUCGGGGAAGUGUCGUCGCCGAGGAACGUCUUCCUAUACGGCCGAGGGGGCGCCAAAGAGUUGCACUGCGUGUAUCGAUUCGAAGCUGGUGUCGAUGAGAGAGUGAAGCUGACGAUAAACAACGCUUCGUUCGGUGCGAAUCCGAACUGCGAUACCAUGCAGGACCCACACAGCAACAGGCAAAUAUGCGAGUACUAUCCGGGCGGUAGAGUGGCCGAAGUGAACGUCUACGAGUUGCCUUGGAAGGACGUGAGGAUGCCGCGAGGAUGCAUAUGCGACAACUCCUCCUUGAACAGCCGCCCUGUGGUGUUUAUAUCUUCAUCGAGGACUUUGGAGUUGCAUUUCACGGCCAAAGAGAUGAACAUCACCGAGGAUUUCACCGUGUUACACUUUCGGGCUUUGUUCGAAAUCAUACACACGCCGGAGUGUUCGAGGAAGCAACGUAUAAGAGGCUACGGGGGCGAGGUGACGUUCAACAACCCACCCAGCGGCAGAGAAGAGAUGCUGUGCCAAGGUAUACCGUGGAUCGUCGAGGCGCGCUACAACAGAAGUUUGUUCCUGCUGAGUUGGGGGGCUUUUCUGCCGCUGAAACCGCGAUCCGAAGAGCCGACGAGAUGCCCGACGAGCAACAGAGUGCUGAUAUACCAAGGCAGGCCGCCCAAGCUGGUGAAGGUGGUGUGUCCCGCGGAGCCCAACGCCAGACCUCUGGCGGUGCACGUCUUCAGCGAGGAGUGGUGGGGCGAGGGUUUGUCGCAGAUCCACCAGAGACCGCCGAGCUUCCUGGUGGAGUGGAUCGGCGUGGAGCCGGGCAUAGCCGCGUUCAACUGGCUGGAGAUCUCGCGCAGCAGGUCUUCCCUGCUGCAGCAACUGCAAGUUCCUGUCAACGCCAGCGCCAACGAGACUGACUACGAGUGUUCUCACAAGUGCCCGGAGCUGGACGCGUGCAUAAGCUCCUCGCUGUGGUGCGACGGUAAAGACCACUGUCCCUCGGGAUGGGACGAAGCCGAAGGGCAAUGCGGCGCGACAUCGAAGCUGUUGAACUCCCUGCCGCUCGCAGCUCUGGCAGCCGGUGCGGCCGUCGUUUCUUCCAUAAUCCUCCUGAUAUGCCUCGCGUUGCACAGGCUGAGGAUACGGCGUCGGCGGAGGCUGGCGAAAAAAAAGCUCCUCACGGGUCCGAGACUCGUCGACCCGGGGUACAACUCCUGACAAAAGCCGCCUGUAGAGUACAUUCACGUGGACCGUGAAACGACCGUAUGAGACCGGCUUAAAGCCGGUAAAUCCGUCCCGAUGCUCACUUUUUAUCUGCCUGUGCCUUUAAACGAUCUUCAUAGGGUUCAGACUACCACUUCUUGUACUCACGAGUUCUCUGAUCCGAGUUUGGUUUAGCCACUUCCGUUUUUAACCUCUUGAUGGGAUCUGUCAGAAGAUAAAUUUCUUGAGUAAAACUAUUAACCACCUGUUGUAAAUUUAAGACACUGCCAAAGAAUUUAUAGGUAUAAACUUCUUACCUAUUAUUAUUGUGAUAUUGAUUACUCCCAUACAGUGACAAGUUUUAAUUAUUAGUGCGUUUUUAAUCGAGUGAUUAAACAAGUACUCUUCCAUAAUUUCAAACCUCAUAAACCGUUUUAGUAUCGUGAUCUAAUUCAACCGCAUAAGUAAUCAAAAAUAAUGGGGAUAAAUCAUUAUUAACUGUUAUUUUGGCGAAAUGUUUUAAACAAAUAUCCAUCAUUUAAAAUUUAAAUGACUUGUUUUCAUAUGAACACACAACGGAAAAAAGUACACACUGCCCAUUUACAAAACAACAAAUAGUGACAAAUUAAUAUACGACAAGGCUAAAUCAGCAAUCGAGUUGGUCAUUUUUAUUUUAUUCUAAAUAAAAUUUUAUAUGCACAUGCAAAAUAAUCAAUCCCAUGAUAAUUGAAUA